AUGUCGGACACUCAGGCGGAUUCUCCGGGCCCCAGGCGCUCCCAGCGAGAGAGAAAGGUGGUAAAGCCUUUCGCAUCAGCAAGCACUGGUGGCAGCCGGAAGCGCAAGCGGAACGAAAGUGAUACCGAAGGCGACGCGUCUCAAGACGCGGAACACGAUGGGUUGAACCAGCAAGAAAGCGAGGCAGAAAACGACGCGAAUGACGAAGACGAGGGAUAUAAGGCUCCUAAACCAAAAGAGCCAGGAUCGGCGCGAAAGACCAAAGCCAAAACGUCUCCGAAGUCCAAAUCAGCCCCGGCCGCAAAGAAACCACGCGCGGAGAAAGCUGCUAUACGCAAGAUACCCAAAGUCGCCGCGCGUCGGGGAAGAAGGCCCAAAGAGGGAGAAGACGCGUAUGAUCCUGAUCAGGUCGCAAAAGACACGAAAAUUUCCUCGGACAACCCGCUUUUCAAUGCAAUUAUGAAUCCAGCUUCUCCCCUACAGUCGAGCGCCGAAGACUUCCUAGAAUCCCUGCAGCAAUCACCAGAAGCCGCUCUAGCUGAGCUAAUAAACCUUGUCCUCCGUUCAUGUGGAUGCAACGACUCAGUUGAUGCGGAUCAAGUUGUUGAUUUCGAUGGGAUUGUGAGCGCGCUGGAUGAUUUUACAGAGGUUCUCAAACAGGAAAACUCCCCUGUUUAUCCCCUGACAUCCAAAUUGCCCGUCUUCAAACGCUUCCGGAAGUCGUUGUCAGAAUGGAUCGAACGGCUUAUCAUUUCCGCCUCCGACCUCGGUCUCUUGUACUCAUCUCAGCUCAUGGAGACCCUCCAGCAAUGGGUUGUAUCGAUGUCAUCAUCACAAAUUCGAAGUUUCCGACAUACCGCUACUGUGAUUGCCUUGGAGGCUGAGACGGCUCUUUGCGACGUCGCUGCUGCUGUGGACAAGGAGAAAGAUGUGGUUUCUCGUCAACGGGAAGGCGAGAAGAAGAGGAAGACCAAAGGGACAAAUCCGCGGCUGCAGGAACUUAUCCUCAAAGAGAAAGAGGUGAAGCGACGACAAGCGAAGCUGACAUCGUUCAUCAAGGAAUUUGUUGAUGGUGUCUUUAUCCAUCGAUUCCGAGACCUUGACCCCAGUAUUCGUGCGGAGUGCGUACGCUCCUUGGGCUUGUGGCUACGAAAGUACCCAGACUACUUCCUUGUCGAUGCCCGGUACCUUCGUUACGUAGGCUGGGUGCUGUCCGACUCCAACAAUCAUGUUCGUCUUGAGGCCGUCAAGUCUCUUUCAGGGGCAUACGAGCAAGUUGAUCACAUCCUUGCUCUGACAAACUUCACGGAGCGGUUCAAAGCUCGUUUACUCGAAAUGGCGACCUCGGACAUAGAUCUCUCCAUUCGUGUUGCAACAAUACAGGUGCUCGCAGAUAUUGAAGGGCAUUUCACGCUGGAGGACGAAGAAAAGGAGAAGCUAUGUUUGCUCUUGUUUGAUGAAGAACCCAAGGUUCGGAGAGCAGUGAGCUCAUUCGUGCGCGGUGUAUGGGAAGACGAAGUUGCUGCACGUUUGAAUACGCAAGACAAACCGAGCGACAAGGACAAGCAGAGGAUAGGCGUCAAGGCUCUUGCAGUACUGCUCGUUAAAUGGGGCAAAGCAUUAGACACUUUGUCUGGAGAUGUGGAAGAGUCGGAGAUGGGAGAUGCUGCCGAAGAAGAUGCCGUCAAUGGACGUCCUCGCGCAAACCGAAGGAGAGAGGUUAUCGCUCUCGUCGGAGCUGAAGGCCAAGGCCGCGUAGCAUUGGCAGUCGAAUCUCUGUGGGAGGGCCUAGAGCCUGUGAGCGAUUGGGAGGGCCUUCUCGAACUCUUACUUCUGGAUCAUUCUGCAUCGGAGGAGGACAACCAACUGACUUCAUCUCCACGACCAAGAGUCAGGGCAAACGGCAAGAAGCACACAGAUGACUUCGUCGUUGACGAAGCUUGGAGGCUAGAGGAAGUGGAGGAAAGCACCCUCCUUGAGGUCCUUGUAGCCGCUAUCCGCACAGCCAAAGCGGAGUCAGUCGGCGGUAGAAAGGAUGAGGAAGAGAAUGUUUCCAAUGAUAUCACUCGUGCAUUGAUCAAGGGUCUUCCUCGACUCUUCAUUAAGCAUCAGUCCGACCAGAAUCGUAUUGCUGAGGUUUUGGUUAUUCCAACGCUUAUGAACCUGGACCUCUACCUUGAGAUGCGCAUGAUAACGGCCUACAGUAGCCUAUGGGACGACGUUAUCAAGCAGUUUAUGUCUCAUUCUUCGGCCAAAGUCCUAUCCCAUGCCAUGGUUGCUAUUCAAUACUUCAUGAAAGCAACGAGUCUUUCGAAUACCAACAGUACCAAGAUCCUCGAACUCGAAGACGAACUGUCGACCCAGCUACGCGACACCAUUGCCGGACGAGACGAGAUCGAGAUUGCGACAUUCACAGAAGACGAGGUGCUGGCUUUGAUUGCCUGGUGUACUCGUCUUUCGACGGUCACUGGUGCGCGAAACAUGACUGCUUGGAUAGAAGAAGACGAGGGCGGAAAGCAAAGCAGUGCUUGGGAUAUCAUCAAUGCUCUUGUUGAGAGAGGCAGGCUAGGCUACAAGGAGGAAGAGAUGAUGGUCGAGCAGGCCUUGAAUGUCCUCAACCUACAUGUUCUAUGGAAAAGCAAGGGCCUGUCCGCAGAGAACGACCCUACACCCGAAGAUAUUCGAUGCAAGGAAGUCCUACAAGAACAGCGAGAUGCCCUUCUUGAGAAACUCGUUGAAUUCGCAGUCGGUACCCAGUCAAACACUGUCGAAGGCGUGAAACGCGCAGCUUUCAAACAUCUCCUCGACUUACAUGUCGUGUUCUGCUCAGCUGAGGCUUACUCCGACGACGGCGCCCCACGACCAGCUGCUUCACUUGCCUUAACCCUGGAUGAUGAGCUGCAAUAUCGCUGUGCAGGCUACAUCCAGGCUGAGAUUGAGCGUUAUGCAGAGUUCCUUGAGGAUGAGGACGAGGAAGAGAAGUCGCGCAAGAGUGAUGCUGGCUCCAGCGAAGAGGAGCAAGAGGAUGCUAGGGCCGACGAAGGCGACAAACCUGCAAAAUCACCCAGAGCGAAGAAAUCGCACCAAGAAGCCGACCUCGGCUCCCGUGAUGUGCUUGAAAGGGAGCACCUAUUCCUUGACGUCUUAUCCACCUUCCUGCGAGCCAUUCAAGCUGGAGCCAUUCAUAUUAAACACGGAGCUGUCGUUCUCGCUCAUUACGGCCGCCUUGGAGUUGCUUUCGACAUGUGUUCGAAGAAGAUCGUCGAGCUCCUUCGGGAAGAGCACAUGCUGAAGGACAAUCCCACUACUGUCGUAGCCACCAUCACACAAGCAAUCCAAGAGUCCUCUUCUCUUGUUGUCGACGGUGUUGUCCGUGACGAAACCAACGCUGUGCAGCUGGCCAAGCUUCUUUCCACAUGCUUCGUUGUCCGAGGAAACCAACUAUCCGUUCUCCGACGCCUGGGCACUGAGUACGUUGUUCAAGUACAAACGAACCUGUUGUCUUGGGUUAGUAAACGGAUAGCAACCUACGAAAAGAACAAAAAUAAGAGGGGCCUCAAGACCGCCAUUGCUCUGCUCCGCGUCCUUAUACCCCUCCUUAGUGCAGUCCCAAGCAGAGAUGCCUUGAAAAUAAAAGCGCAUAUGGGCCAAGUUCUGGAAGAAGCUCAGGUCGAAGUUUCCGCUACGUCAAAAGUCUGGGAACCCCAUCGGGCGUAUGAGAAACGUCUCAGUGCUAUUAUGUCAAAGGAUAACGCCCAUGCACCAAAGGUGAAGAAAUCAAGGAAGAAAGGCGCCGCUGCCGGCUCGAGUGGAGAGGACACUGAUGGCGAACGGACCAACGACGAAGAGCCUGCGGCGGAACAUGUGGCUCGUCCGCAACGACCUCGACGAUCCACUCGGUCGAAACGAGCAACAGCGGCUGACGAAGGCACAGGCGACGAUGAAGUGGAAGCAACGCCAAAAGCCCGGCCUCGUCCUCGUCCUCGGGCUAAUUAUCGUCGUAAAUCACCAUCACCAUCAAAGGAGAGCCCUGCACCAGAGCCAGAGCCAUCACCUCCCGCUUCGCCAAUGGAACCGCUCACUCCAAUGGACGACUCAGAGCCGGAACCUGAACCUGAACCAACAACACCCAAGCCAGCCUCUCGGAAACGCGCUAGAACCGAAGAUGAAGAAUCGGACGGCAAUGAGCCUGCGCCGAACGGAAUUGCCCCUGCUGCUUCUGCUCAACAAUCUGAAAGUGGAGGAGGAGAGGUUGAUAUACAAGUGCGAAGAAAGCGAAUUCGUCAUUAG